AUGGCUGGGUAUGGAGGAGAUUCGAACAGAGUUGAUGCAAAGAAGAAAGAAAAAGAAGAAUCAAGCGAUGCUGGGGAGAUGACUCUCACAGAGGUGCUCAUGAAGGAUGCUAAAACUCUGGGUCUGAUUCAAGGAGCAGUUUCUGAUGCGAUUUUUCCUCUGAUCUCUCAUGAAGAUACCUCUAAGGGAGCUUGGGAUAUCUUGAUGCAAGAAUUCCAUGAUUUGGAUGUGAUUGAGGUACAAGAAGUGGUAGCCUCUUUGAAGAGCUUUGAGUUAAGGCUAGAUAGGCAUUCUGAAAACAAAAUUGAGAGAGCAUUUGCUAGUCUGAGUGUGAAUCCCAAAUUAGACAAGACCACUGGAAAUCAAAGUACUAAGGAUCAGAAGAAUUGGAAGGCAAAAGGUAACAAAUGGGAUAACAAAUCCACUUAUGGUCCUAGAAAUACCUGCAAGCACUAUGGCAAAUUGCAUUUGGCGAGUGUCAAUUUAAGGGCAAGCCAAAGUGCUACAACUGUGACAAGUUUGGUCAUCUUGCAAGAGACUGCUAUAGUAAGAAACCAGUGCGACAGCUCAACCAUGUUUUAUGCUAGUAACAACUCCAAUACUAGUGUAAAAGGAUAUGAGGAUAAUGUGACUGCAAAUGUUGAAAUAGGUACUGGGCAGCUUGUUGAAGUGACUGGGAAAGGAAAUCUAGUGGUUGAAACUAAAAUAGCAAGAGAUACAUCAAGGAGGUUAUGCUGGUGCCUGGACUGA